UCAUGUCAGAGCAGUUAAAAAUAGUCUGGAGCAGCAUCCGUUGUCAAAAGCUCGUCGACAUCACUUUACCAUAGGGUUAUCGCGAAAAAAGAACAAGAAAUAUGGCAAGGCCCGUCGUUUUCUUUGACAUCACCAUUGACGGCGUAAGCGCGGGCAGGAUCACCAUGGAGCUUCGAGCGGACGUCGUGCCAAAGACUGCCGAGAAUUUCCGAGCCCUGUGCACUGGCGAGAAGGGGUUCGGCUUCAAGAAUUCCACUUUUCACCGCAUCAUUCCGAAGUUCAUGUGCCAGGGUGGCGACUUCACCAAUGGCGACGGGACUGGAGGAAAGUCCAUCUACGGCGAGACCUUCAAUGACGAGAACUUCCAGCUCAAGCACGAAGGCUUUGGAACACUUUCCAUGGCCAAUGCCGGACCCAACACCAACGGCUCGCAGUUUUUCCUCUGCACCGAUAAAACAGACUGGCUUGACGGGAAGCACGUGGUGUUCGGCAAAGUUUUAGAGGGGACGGCUGUGCUGAAGAGCAUGGAAAAGCAAGGUUCCUCCAGUGGGAAAACCAAAGCCAAAGUGGUCAUCGCUGACUGCGGCGAGCUCAAGUAGACACACCUACCGUGAUGGUAGUAGACACACCUACCCUUUUCAGAGGCUUUUCACUGUCAACUAAAAAUGUGGUCCCUUUCUUCUGCAAACAAAUAAAUGGGACUUUGCUUGCUUUUGAAAUAAAAUACUUUUAUUUUCA